AGUUAUUCUGCGCCCACUUCCUGUGUGGGUUGCCUGUAACAUUAGCACAUUGCCUUCUCCUCACUCCUGGCUGGCAUGGAAGGCGAGGAGGGCUGUAAAGCCCCUGAUUCCACCUCCAGGGACCUGCUGAGUGUUGGCAGUGGCACAGGAGGUAAGUAUUAACCCUAUGCUCCCCUAAUGGGUCACCUACCGCUCCCACACAGACCACAUGGCAGAUAUUUAGCUCUGCUUUGACUGGGAGAAAGUGGAACAUAACCCAGGACCUGAAAUUUAAUUUAUUUUAGCCAGGCAUGACUUUGCUUGUAUAGCACUGGUUGAAGUUAUCACUUCAUAUCUUAGACUGGUAAUAAUGUUUAAUAGUGAGACAACAAUAUUGUAUUUUUUUUUCAUUCACCUACAGGAUAUUUAAAACCCUUCUGCAAAUCAGACCACGUAUGGGCUCAAUAUUGUUGGUUUAUUAUAUACAUAUGCAUAAUAUUAGAAUAUACAUAUCUAAACAAUAGUUGGGCUCCAGGUAAAUGCAUUGCAUAAGUCAUGUUUGUUAUGAGAACAGUCUGAGCUCGCCAUUGUUGUAUAACUUUUUUUUUUAAUUUAUAGUUUGCGAUCUAUAGAUAGCUCAGGGUUGGGGUCGUUGUGGUUCAGCUUCAGCAAACCCUGCUGCAAUGUGUACAUCACUAGAGAAAACUGUCAGCUCCAAAACGUUUUUUGUUUAUUUUUUUUUAUUCUCAAAAUUCUUUUAUCAAGUUUUGAAAGGCAAUAUCUGUAUAUAUUUAAUAAAGUAUAGUCACACACACACACAAAAAAGAGAGAAACGCAUCCCUACAUUUAGUAGAUGACUGGAUGCUUCAGAUAUAUAUCUCUUUCGUUAGACAGUGCUUGAUAACCAACAGUUAGUCUCUCUGGUUUUCCCUGCACAGAAUCAGGGAAGACCACAGACUGUCUGAUCCAAGGUAUAUGUAUGUAUAUGGCUGCUGAAGGUUUCUAUAAUAUACUAAAGUUGCGGAUUAAUCCCCACCCCCACCCAAAUUUUUUACAUAUACUUCAUUCAUAAAAAAUCUAUGCCCUUUCAAACCUUAAUGAAAGGAUGAUUAUAUUAAAAAAUACUUUCAACAUUACAAUUGUUCUUUAAAAGCAACUAUAAGGAUGGACCUUUAAGUGAUGCAGUUAAGGCAGCAGCUGUAAUAGUUGUGAUUUCCUAGCCUGAUCCAUAAAAGAAUGUUAACAUGUUGCUUUCAUUUUUAGGACUUUAUAACAAACUACUCAUCAACAAAAAACACAGCAACAAUGGACCAGGGUCACCAAUCGUCAGAAUGCCUAGGAGUAGCAGUAAGAAAAAUGUUCUAUGUAUCUGUUUGUGUGACCAUUAAAAAAACAAAAUACAUCAUAGGUCUUGGUGACAUGCUACAAAAGUGGGACUGCAAUUUAUUUAAGGAAUUUUUUUCCUAGCUUGUUGCAAAAUUGUGCUUCAAACUGGGUUUUUUUGUCUUCUUUUGGAUCAACAGCAAAAAACAAAUGUGAGGUAGGCUGAACUUGAUGGAGCAAGUCUCUUUUCAGCUAUGUAACUAUUGCACAUAUUUCUCACCCAGAUUUCCAUAAAAAAACAACAAACCAUGAAAAGUAGUGUAAAGCACAAUCCAAUUUCCUUCAACUGUGAACUGUAGGUUACAUUGACAAUCAUUUACCAGUGUACCCAUUUCUCAUACCAUAAUGCCCAACAAGUUUGCCAUGUUUAGUAAAUCCUAGCAAUCAAGUGUCAAAAACAAGUUUUGCCUAGCAACUGUGCUGUACAAUUUACAAUAUUGUAAUAGUGCUAAAUUUCUAUGCUGAGCAUAAUUCACACAUUUUGAUGCAAAAGUCCUGGACAGACAUUGGCGUUUCAAGUAAUUAAAACCUAAAUUCCUGAGUAUUGUCCACACUACAUCCAUGUGUGUUUUAAGAAAGAAAAAUAUAGACACAUUUCUUGCAUUUUACAACAGAGUCUAAGGUGUGCUAAGUUUUGUACCUAAAUUUGCAAUUUGUGUGUCUGCUUGUGUUUCUUUUUAUGGCACUGUUUCUACAGCUUGCAAAUACCAACAAAUCAAUGUUUUCGAAUAGUUGCCCAGGAAACGUAUUAGUAUUUAUAGAUCUAUGGUGUAAGCUGUAUGUUUUUUUUUUUGUUUAUGAAUCAGAACUCUAUUUGAAAUUUGUUUUGUUUUUGCUGUUGCAUCUGUAGUCUUGGACAGAGUCCAGAACUUUCUACCUCAGCUGGCCCAGGCCAAUGAAAGACUCAGCAAGGAAAUGGAGUCUUCACCAGCUGGUGUUUUUGACAUAGAACAAGUUGAAGACCAUGAGGAAAAGAUCAUCGAGAUGGUAGGAAUCACAUCUAGCAUUGUAAUUUAUAUAUUAAAAAGUGCUACAUGACCAUGGAAAUGGUCAGCAAAGUGGGAAUUAUCACAAUUCAAACUGAUUUUUGAUGUUCAAAUUUGAAACCACGUUUGAGUUUCUGACAAUUUCCACAUUAGUAGAUAGGCCUAUGUGUGUCCUGAAAAACCAAUGUAGCUUUGUGGGUAAAGAUUUCAAUCCUCAGGAAGUGUAUAGAAAUCGAAUUUACAAAAUGCAUAGUGUGCAUGAUUGAAGUUUAUCAUAAACUUUUAAAUGGCAUUGAUUGAACGUUAAUUAAACUGGCAGGAUACUGUGAGAUUUCACUAUAGGUGCAUUGCUUUCAGUCUUUCAGUUUGUAGUAUUUUUUCUUUUACUAUGCCGCUAAGCACAGUUUUGAGUUUUUUUUUUUAUUUUGUAAAAUUUCCUCAUAUUGGCAGUGCACCCAUAUAUAAUAAAUGCCGUGACUAGUACAACAAUCCCCAGACAACUGGUCCAGGUUUUUUCGAUAUCCCUACUACACAAUUUUGUUAAUAUAGUAACCGUUUUGUCUGGUUUAUUAUUAGUAUUAACCAUUACUAUCUGUUAGAGAAGUGUAAUUAAAGUAUGUCUUUAUUUUACAGAAUGUAUCAGUAGUAGAACUUGAUGAUUCUGAUACCAGCGAUGGAGAGGCGGCGAGCAGCUCAGACAGUGAUGUCUCUGAAGAAGUGACUGAAGAGAACAUCAGAUUAACAAAAAAAGUGAAAAAGGGCAACAUUGAAGUCUUGGAAAACUGAUUUAAAGUUCUGCUCAUCAGGCUUACUUACUGUACAGGAGCACAUCCGCUCCAUUACUGUAACAGAAUUCUGCAGUUCACAGUGGCUAAUUUGCAAUCCCAGUGUAGCAGAAUAUGAAUUUGUUGGCGAAUGGUCCAGUUUGGAAGACAGAAUAAUUCAAUAACUACAUAGAGAGAACUAGAGGAAACAUGUAAGGGGGAUCUCAUAUUGUUCCAAUAUUCUGAAAUUACUGUAAUAAUCUUUCUACAAUUUGUACUUAAAAGUUUUGUUUUUCAAGGUAUUGUCAUUUGGGGACAGAGAUCUCUGCAUGCUUUUUAUAAAAGUAUAUUUAAAAAAAAGUUAUUAAAGUUCACACCUCGUUCAACAAAGGUGUUUGGGCAUUUAUAUAUACAUUAAUGAUUUUUAUACUAGAUAUGUACAAAGUGUAACAGUUCAGUAUGCCUGGUAUCUAGAAAGAUGCUUGGGGAAAAAAACAAAUUUUAGACGGUGAUACAUUAUCUUGUAAGAAGCCUUGAAAAGUUCAUCAAGGUACAUGUUAUUAAAAAAUAAAUGUGUAAGCCUCAAAAGGAUACUGUAGGCAUCAAUAUAUCUUUAGCUUAAUGAAGCAGUUUGUGUAUAGAUUAUGCCUCUGCAGCCUCACUGCUCAGUUAUCUGCCAUUUAGACGUUUAAUCAUGUUUGUUUCUGUUUAUACAGCCCAAGCCACUUUUACACUUCCAACAUGAAUUUAUUUUUUUUAAUUUUUUUUAAAUGUUUUUCAUUUUCAAUCAGAUGUGACAGCACAGUAUGUUUACAUUUAAUGGUAACUGCUUUAAUCAAACACAGAAAAUAAAUUUGUAAAUUAGAUCUAUUUCACAGGAAGUGUUUAGGGAGGCUGUGUGUGUCUCACCCAGGGGAGGUGUGGCUAGGGUUGCAUGAACAAAGUGAUUUAUAUCCUAAAUGGCAAAGAAUUGAGCAGUGAGACGGCAAUGGUAAUAGCUAUAUGCCACUUUAUUCAGAAAAGGUUGUUUUGGUGCUUAGAUUGUCCCUUUAAAGUAAAACUGUCUGCUUUUAUUAUUCUUGGAAAAAAAUAUAAAAGUACAGAUUAUUUCCUACUGUUGCAUGGGUCUUUGAAUAAAUAUGCUGCAGCUCGGAGACCAAAACCACUAACAAACUCCUCAAUAAGUAAUUGGUUAGCUAUGUAUUUGUCUUAAGGCUAAUUUUCCCUCCACCCUCUGUAUUACACAAGAACCUCAAUUUAAAUGAGUACUCUAAUGUUGUUGCAGUGAUUAUGGUGGGAUCAUGCUGUGGGUGCUGUCAACUUGUCAACACACAUUUAGUACCUCUGCUCUCUCAUGGUUUAACUUCAAAAAAGACAGAUUUUCCUAUCCAGAAAAUGUUAUUGCUCUAUCCUUUAAUGUCUGGCAUUAUGGCCCCAACCAUAGCUAAAUUUACCAGUUUCCUUGCUUCACUUUCUAGGUAAUCUCAGUGGGGCCUAUUUGGAUUUGCAUUCGAAAUACAUACCUGUAUUGCGAAAGUUGUAGUGGCCCUGUCUCUAGGUGUGAGUACAGGGAUUUUUUCAUAAAAAAUAGUAAAGUACAGGGAUUUACCCCUCUUAUUCCAGUGCGGAGACUUCCUCAGCACUGCUCACCUCUCCUCUCAACGUUGAGGCAUUGCCUCCUCUACUGAUGGCCAAUCCAAUACUCCCCAGGAGCAUUGUGGACCUGGUUUGCAUGCAAGUUUCCAUGUCAUAGCAGAGUCUGUAGAGUAUUGGCUCUAAGGUAGACAGCUGCUAGAGGUGGAUCUAACUUUUCAAAGUAAACGUUGCAGUUUCUAAAAAUAAAAAAAAGUUAAAAUUAUAGGAACACUAGUUAUUUAAUGCCUUGGAAUCAUGCGUUUACUGCUUUGUUAUAUUCUCUUCUAUUUGUAUCCUGCAUUUCUUUUGUAAUAACAGCGGGGUAGUCUACAAUCCCAAAAUACCAGCAUAUUCCUUACCAAUGAGCAGGGUAUUAAACCAUUUUUAUUAAUAUAUUACAAAAUUCAUAUUUGUUCUGACUUAUGAACUUGUUUUGUAGAAUUAUUAGACAUGGAGUGGUGUAUAGGCUGUAAAACAUUAUACCUUGCAAUAUUUCAAAUAAGGAUGAAUAGUUAUUCAUGGUUAAUUGAUUAAUUAAGGACAGAUAAACAGACAUAAGGCUUGUUGCUAAUCACAUACUGUGAAUUAAAAAUAUUAACAAUCAUCAAAUAAAGUCGGUGUGAGUCAGCUAUUCCAGGUACAUAGUUUUAGGAGCCACAUCAGCAGACUGAAAAAGGCAGGAAAACUGCAAAACGCGUUUCUAACAUUUUCUGGUGUAUCUUUACUUUUAUUGUUUUUACAAUACCAUUCUGGAUUCCUGCAUUCAUAUAGAAGGGACCGUAGUCCCAAACUAUGCUACGGCUUUUUACGGAGCAAGGUUACAUGCUCUACACUUGUAAUAUAAGUACAAGCACCUUUUAAUUUCUGUCAAGUCGAACUUCACUAUAUUGCCUAUCUUCCUUAUCCUGAGAAACUCUGAGAAUAAUUGAAGCUACUUCACUGAAGAGGGGCGUGGUCACCCAUAACGAACCAACGGGCCCUUCACACGAGAGCUAGGUUCCAUAGCUCUAUAUCAUGUGAGUGUUCCAUUAGCACUCAUUUGUGGUUGUUUAAGGUUUUACACUACAUGCACUUUAUAUGUAUUUAAAGAUAAAAAGACUGACGUAUUUCAAAUUGGAAUACAAAGUUAAGUGUCACUAUAUUGUGCACUGGUAUGCAUAGAUAAUUUGCACUUUAAAGAGAAAUAAGCACUCCACUGGUUUUUAAUUUUCAUUACACAUAAUUUUAAUCUUAAAAUGCAUUUUAUGAUGUAGAAAGUCUAGAAAUGGAAGCUUAAAAACCACCCAAACCUUUUGCAUUGAGUCUCCUCCUACCAAGAACCCUUGUUUGUGCAUGUUUUAUUGCAAACCUUGGAAGUAAGAUGAUUUAACAAAGGCCGCAUAUCUGCGUGCCAUCUCGUUUUUAUACUAGGGAAUAAUUAUUUUCAAUGUAAUGUCAAUAUGAAGAGUGUGUUGACUCCUUUUCCACCAAAACCUUUAGAUGAUCUUUCAGGCAGAAGAUAUAAGGUAGAGAGGUAUGUCCAAUGCCGGUAACAGACAAAUCGUCAGGGAGAUUUUUAUUUUAUUGUCGAUGGCUUGACUCUCAAGGGUGUUAUGAGGACGAAGUAGCUAGAUCUAUCUGAUCUGAAAAUCCAAUUGUAACGGUUAUGUGUUGCAUGAUAUACCUACGAAGUAAGUUAAAUUACUUUCACAAGCCCCACACUAUACCUGCAGAACAACAAAUAUUGCAAUGCAGUUUCUACUAAUUUUUCAUGAUUUCCUUUGACAGGGAGGAAAUAAGUGACCAGACCUGUUCUGCUAUAUCUUUGCCUCAAAUCUAAAUACAUUUACUCCAUUUAUUGGUUUCCAUUUAAUGUUUCUGUCCAGGUAAAUUUUAGCUUGUACAAAUUGUGCGUAUGCACCUCUGCGUGGGUGUAGUAGUUUUCUGUAAUACUGGGCAUCGAUGAAAAGUCCCAGAUAGACAGCCUGGGUAGUGAUUCACAUUAAUAUUCCACUGUGACGGCCUUUGUUCUGAGGUAUUCAUGGAGCGCCUCUUCACCUGAG